AUGACUGCUUCGAGCAAUGAUGUUUCCGCCCUUGCCCAAGCAUUGGCAGAAAUCGCACAGGAGGAUCCGGUUGGAGCCGCGAGUCUAUUGGGCCUGCCUGCUGCUGCAGCGGGCAGCCUUGCUUCUAACACACACAGUGCAAUAACUCCAGCGACUCAGACAGUCGCAGAUCUAAUCACCGACUGCGAUGACUUCGAUGUCGAUGUCACCUUCAACGUGGCAGUGGUCGGCAGUAGCUGCGCUGGCAAGAGUUGCUUGCUUCAGCGCUUCGCACAGGGUUCCUUCAACGACGAGUACAGGCGCACUUUGGUCACCAGCUUUAUCGAAAAGAGGCAUUGUUUAGCAGGUGGCGACAUCACUUUCCAUUUGUGGGAUACGCCAGGUGGAGAUGAUCCUCGUGCGUUGGCCGAGAGCUGCUGCAAGCGAUCGAAGGCAUGCAUUGUGGCCUAUUCUGCAGAGGAUCGGCAGUCGUUUGAGGCUGCUGAGCUUUGGGUGGUGAUGCUGAGGGAACUGUGUCCAGGGCUUCUGUUAGCUCUGGCACAUUGCAAGUCCGAUCGACCUGAAUUUUGCGACUCCGUUACGCUGGCCAUGGCAAAGUCUUUGGCAGCAAAGCUGGAAAUCCGCAUGUUUUCAACGAGUGCCUGCGGCUCGACCGCUUUGGACCAUUCGCAGUCGCCCUGA